AUUGUUGAUGAAGCUUUGUCAGGGUGUCCUGAUGUCGAACGAGUUUUUGUAUUCCGUCGUACUGGCUCACCAGUUCCAUUCUGCUCCCCUCGUGAUGUAUGGUGGCAUGAAGCACUCGAAAAACAACGUCCUCAUUGUCCUCCCGAAAUUGUUAAUUCCGAAGAUCCUCUUUUCAUACUUUAUACUUCUGGUUCUACUGGUAAACCAAAGGGUCUCCUUCACACUACAGGAGGUUACUUAUUAGGCGCUGCUUUUACUCUCAAAUACGUUUUUGAUUAUCACGAAGGUGAUGUUUACGGUUGUAUGGCUGAUAUCGGUUGGAUUACCGGUCAUACUUAUAUCAUUUACGGUCCGUUGGCAAAUGGUGGUACUACUGUAUUGUUUGAAUCGACUCCUGUAUAUCCUUCUGCAAGUCGAUAUUGGGAAGUUGUUGCUAAGCAUAAGAUUACUCAAUUUUAUACCGCUCCAACUGCUAUUCGUUUAUUACGUAAAUUUGGUCGUGAACAUGUAGACCCUCAUGAUCUUUCAAGUUUAAGAGUAAUUGGUUCAGUUGGUGAACCUAUUAAUCCUGAAGCUUGGGAAUGGUAUAAUGAGGUCGUCGGUAGAAAUGUUUGUUCAGUAGUUGAUACUUAUUGGCAAACUGAAACUGGUUCAAUCAUAGUAACUCCAUUACCUG